AUGGACUUUCUCACCAAGUGGUACGGUGACGGACAAGAAGACCAGCCAGCCAGGUCAGGCGCUCCAUCGGACUAUACCGACGGCAGCGACAAGGGGGACGACGAUUGCUACGACACGCUUUACGACAAGUUCCAAGACCUGCCGGGUUAUGUGGCCUACAACCCCAUACCGUUUCAGAUAGGCUCCCUUCUCCUGAUCGUGAUUGGCGUGAUUUUGCUGAAUCACUCGAUUAUCUGGUUCAAGCCCCAGCCUUUCCUUGAGAUGGCCCGAAGCGUCCUCUGCUUGACCCUGGCUGCGGCCUGGACCUCCCUAGUCGGGGGCCUUCCGCAGUUUCUCGAUGAACGAUAUCAGAUCAACCAAACCCUAAAUGGCACGAUCCCACUGACCAUCAUCCCCUCCUGGGACGUCUUCUUGAGCUUCAGCGACCGCACAAAAGUCAUCAGUGGGAGGCUGUCCUUUGACACCGACUAUGUCGAGGAGGCCAAGAAGUUCAAUGAGCACCCGGAGAACAUGGUGGACGUCUUGAACUUCGGGACAGGAUCUGCAGGCAUCAACAGCCUGAGUGGGAUCAAGCUCUGGAAUCCCCAGCUUGCGCAGACAGCCACCAGCGUAGGGAAGGUUUAUGUCGGGGAGUUCUCCCAGUCGCUGUAUCCAUACGACUUGUCAUGCUACCCCUUCGACCGGAAGACCGUUCACUUCCAGAUCGCCCUGCCAGGUCCAGCGCAGUACUUCUUCCGCCUUUCUCUGGGCUGUCUGGGCGAAAACAGCAUCACGCGCCGCGUGGACGCAGAUGGCGAAGUCCUGGAGUGCGCCUGGCCAGUGAACGGCUCCUUUGUGAGCUUCGACUGGGACUACUUCACCUGCACCUUGGAGGACAGUGCGACGAUUCACUGCCAGAUGACCGGGACCAGGCACUGGUCGGCACUCUUGAAGACCUACAUGUGGCCAUCGAUCAUCUACGGCCUCAUGGGUUUCAUGGCCUUCGGGAUGGGCGUCCGGCUCGCGAUGCCCCGCGUGGCCAUCACCAUGCUGGCCUUGCUGUCCCUGACGAACCUCCGGAACCAGGUCAUCGCCUUGCUUCCGGUCUCUGAUACGACGAGCUGGAUGGAGGAGUACUUCUUGAUUGCCAUCUCCUUUAUGUUGGUGAACCUCCUUGGCCACGCUGCUGCUUUUCACCUUGAUGCCAAGGGACGCCACCACACACAGAAGAUUGUGAACAAGUUCAGCUUGUGGGGCAUGCUCUCAGUCUUUGUGGCGGUGGUGCUGGCGCGGCUGCAUGUCCGCGAGUGCCCCCUCAUUGACCCGGUCAUCUCCUUGACCAUGACCUUGGUGGCAGCUGCGGUGGCCCUGUCCAUCAUCCUCUGCCUCGUUUGGUACCAUCGCGAAGCCUUCCGGGAGGCUGGCCGCAAGAUUACCGAGCAUGCCCUGACCAAAGGCCACGUGCACGACGACAAUGUCUGA